GAGCUCGGCAGUGACGCGCGUCACUCACGUGACCGGGAGCCUAUGUCUGCCCAAGUCCCUCUCGUCCUGGUCCUUUUUGCCAGUCAAGACACCGUCUGCCCUUUGGUCGAGGGGAAAAGCAGAAAGAAUUUGUCUGCAGGCCUGCAGGUUACAGCGGGGCACCUCGAGGAGGGAGCGCCUGCGAGCAAACGACUGGGAGAGUCUCUUCUGAAUAAUUGUGCUUAGGAAGACGAGUCACAACAUGGACAAAUCCUGCCAAGCAAAUGAAGAACAGCCACAGAGUGUGCUCAAGUCGGAGGAGGAGCAGCCUCAGGCACAGCACUCGCCCGAAGAGCUGUGCCCAGAGGACCCGUCUUCGGAAGAGCAGUCCUCCGAGGAGGAGUUCUUUCCCGAGGAGCUCCUUCCCGAGCUCCUUCCCGAGAUGCUGGUGUCGGAGGAGCACCCUCCUGAGGAGCGCCUUUCAAGUCAGGACUUGUUCCAGGCACACCCUCCCAUGGAGCAGCCUCCUUGCGGAGUGGGAAAACACAAGCUGGAAGAAGGAAGCUUUAAGGAAAGGCUGGCUCGCUCUCGCCCGCAAUUUAAAGGGGACAUACAUGGCAGAAAUUUGAGCAAUGAGGAGAUGAUAAAAGUAGCAGAGGAGAUGGAAGAGAUGAAAAGAGUCCGAAACAAGUUGAUGAUCAUGCACUGGAAGGCAAGACGGAACCGUCCUUAUCCUAUUUGAUGUGUCUGGCCUUCAAUGCUGGUUUGCUUGAUUUCAGUAUUGCCACCUGACCUUUGCAUUUUCUCAAAUCCCUCUCGCCAUCUUUUAAAUUUUAACUUUUUGGGUGGUUUUACUUAAGGUGUUUUUCUUGUAAGUGAUGUGAAAUUGGACUUCCUCCCCCACUCUCCCAAUAUGCAAGUCUCCCUCUUUCAAUCACAGUGUCUCACUCAUUUGCAUGGAAAGAUAGACGUUAUAUAUUGCGAAGUGAAAAAAGCAAUUUUUGAAAAGUAUAUGUAGUAUCCCAUUUUGUUAAAAAAUGUAUAUUUAUAUAUUAAUAUGCAAAAAACCCUGAAGGUAUGUACUGCAAAUGCUUAAAGCAGUGGCUAUCUGUGUGGUAAAGUAAUAGGUGAUUCUGGUUUUUCACUUUUGCUUGUUGGAACUUCUCAUUUUUUUCAGGAGGAACACAUUUUAUUUGUGUUGCAAAAAGCACCCCCCACUAUAAUGGGGAAAAUGUAAAGAAAUUUAAACACUGUCUAUGAGCUUAUAAAGACAAUGUAGCACUUAAUAAAUACUUGUCAGAACUUUAAAAAAGUAAA